AAACCCAAAUGAAUCAUCAGCACUUUUUUAAACACUCUCCGCUCUACAAUAUGAUUUAGUGUUGGAAAAUCUUCUCUUGUGAUCACACCUUUAAUAUUUGGCUGGAAAAUUUUGUGCUUCAUUAUGAAAGUCUUUGUGAUUUUUCUCGUGAUCUUCGCUGUGACAAAAGCAUCACUCUUUGACAGCAAUUUCUUAACUGAUGAUGAUGAUGCUCCGGAUAGUAAGGUUAACUUUUUAUCAGUGAACAACUUAGCUGAUUUUGUUGCUGAAAAUCCAGAAGCUGAACUGGAAAUGAUGCACAUGUACUCAGACUAUCGUGGACAAAUUAAUUAUGUACUUGGAGCACGCCAGAGAGGAGAUCGUCUUGUUGGGACUGCAUCAAAUGGCCAACGUUGGCCCCGUCCUCAGAAUGUUGAUAUUGAAAUUAAGUAUCCAACCAAAGGUCGUGGAGCUCUUGUUACCUAUGUCUCCUUAAAUAUUACUCAAAGUACCAAUCUUGGACGGGCUUACGUGACAAAGGGUGGAAUUCACCAACGAAAUAUCACCAUUGUUGUUGAAGCCUAUUCAACAACAUUCGUUCACUACAUUUGCAACAUUUUCGGCAUGUAAUCAUUUAUCUCUAUUGCCGCAAAAUAAUCUUAUCCAAACGCACACAAAGCUGUUCUUUAUCAAUUAAAAUGACAUUUGCCGAAAGCGACACGAAAAAAUAACAACAGCUUCGAACAAUCAACCUUUCUUUUUUAUAUUUUCUUUGGACGGAUGUGUAAUAAUGAAAAUUAUGAAAAGUUAAAAAGAAAGAAAGCAUAAAAUUUUUGAACCACAUUUAUUGUGAGUUUUAUCUCCAUGAAAAUGUAUGGUCUUCAUUGAUAAUAUUAAAGUCCAUAUAUUAUAAUUAGUUAAAGAAACAUUGUGUUAUAAUUUCUUUCUUUCAUUUAUAUUCAAAGAGCUCCCGUGAAUGUUUGAUAGCCGAAAAUACUGCUGCAAAUAAAGCUAUUAACUGGAA